GAAGAGACACAGAAAGAAGUACUUUCACUGGACACCCAAUAUGGCUCCCAAGAAGCAUAGUGGAAAGAAGAAAGUGCGGAGCAGCAAUGAAGGUGACAAGAACAGCAAUGCAGGUGACAAUGUGCAAAGUGGAAAUGCAAGUGACAAUGUGCAAAGUGGAAAUGCAAGUGACAAUGUGCAAAGUGGAAAUGCAAGUGACAAUGUGCAAAGUGGAAAUGCAGGUGACAAGAAUGUGCAGCGCAAGCAUGGUGGCAAAAAGAAAGUGCAGAGCAGUAGUAAAGGUGACAGCAAGGUUGUGAAGAAAAUAACCAUUGAGCUGAAGAAGGAAAUUAUAGAAAAGCAUGACCGUGGUAUUCGUGUGACUGAUCUGGCCUCGGAGUACAAGAUGGCAAAGUCAACAAUCUCGACUAUUCUGAAAAACAAAGCCGCCAUCAAAGGAGCUGAUGUUGCAAAAGGAGUAACAAUGUUAACCAAGCAGAGGAUGCAAGUGCUGGAAGAGGUGGAAAAACUUUUGUUGGUGUGGUUGAAUGAGAAACAGCUGGCAGGUGAUAGCGUUAGUGAAGCUAUGAUCUGUGAGAAAGCCAGGAAAUUGCACAGUGAUUUACUGCAAAGAAGCCCCUCUACAAGUGCAGCAAGUGACAAAUUUAAAGCCAGUAGGGGGUGGUUUGAAAAAUUCCGCAGGAGAAGUGGCAUCCACAGUGUGAUUAGACAUGGUGAGGCUUCCAGUUCUGACAAGGCCGCAGCAGAAGCCUACAAGUUAGACUUUGCGGAAUUCAUGAAGACAGAAGGAUACGUCCCUCAACAAGUGUUCAACUGUGAUGAAACAGGGCUCUUCUGGAAAAAAAUGCCGAACAGAACCUAUAUCACGCAGGAGGAAAAGGCACUACCAGGGCACAAGCCCAUGAAGGACAGAUUGACCCUUUUGCUGUGUGCCAACGCAAGCGCCGAUCUGAAAAUUAAACCACUACUGGUGUACCAUUCUCAGACCCCUCGUGCAUUUAGGCAACAAAAUGUGAACAAGGCCAGACUGCCCGCCAUGUGGAGAGCCAAUGCCAAAGCUUGGGUCACAAGGCAAUUGUUUAUGGAAUGGCUGCACGAGGUGUUUGCACCCACCGUCAGAAAAUAUCUUUCUGAUAACCAGCUGCCUGAAAGGUGCCUUCUUCUGAUGGACAAUGCCCCGGCACACCCUCCAACCUUGGUGGAUGAUAUGGAUGCUGAGUAUGACUUCAUCAAGGUAAAGUUCCUCCCCCCCAACACAACACCACUUCUGCAGCCCAUGGACCAGCAAGUCAUCUGCAACUUCAAGAAGCUGUACACAAAGGCGCUCUUCACUAGGUGUUUUAAUGUCACUGAAGAGACGUCCUUGACUUUGAAAGACUUCUGGAAGAAACAUUUCAAUGUUGUCCACUGCAUUAACCUCAUUGACAAAGCCUGGGAAGAGGUCACUCCCCGAACCCUAAAUUCAGCCUGGAGGAAACUGUGGCCAGAAUGUGUCGCUGAACGUGAACAUGACUUUGAAGGGUCUGAUGCAGAGGUAGUGUAG